AUGGAUAUCCUGACAAAGUACAGGCAGAUCUGGAAUGAGGAGUACUGGCAGAACCCCUGGGACGAGGGGAGCCUGGCUGUGAUCGUCUUAUUCAUCGCCAUGAUCCUAUUUGUCGUCUUGUUCGCCGUCAUCUUUGGGACCUUCCCUCUGCUUACGAGUGACAACUGUGACGAGCAAUAACUGGCAGCGGACACGCAGGGAGCCAGCUCUCCCCCCGCGCCCCUUCUCCGAAGCCCUGUGACAAUCCGCAAAUACAUGGUUUCCCGGGGCUCUGACGGGCAUCUGUCUUCCUCACGGACAGUCCGCCUGGGAAGCGGGGACGGGUCCCUGGGCUCACAGCUAUCCCCCGGGUCCACUGCCAACACCAAGGAAGCGAUGAACGAACAGAAGGGGCAGCGCCGCGGGUACCUCCAGCCCAAAGAUGCCAGGUCGGAGCAGCGCGAGGCCUCUGGGCCAGCCCCCUCCUAAUCACACUCAGAUAAAAGCCACUGCGAACAAACAACGCUCCUUCCCCAACGCACUCGGGGAACGCUGUGGGUCCGCCCCAUCACACGGACCCCACUGACUCCCUGCUGGUCUCCCAUGCUUCUGACCCGGCAACUCUGUAUGGAAAAGUA